UCUAACGAUAAUGUUAGUUGUGUGAGAGGGCCAGAAGUUAAAACACAAUUGGGACAUAGGGUAAUCAGUAAUUUUCUUCCAAACGUGUUUCUCCUUUGGUCUAUGCAUAGGGAUAUUUACUUUCACCCGAAAUAAAGAAGAAAUGUUUGUAACUUUUCAACGACAGAAAUGCCGUGAUCUGUGCCAAGACAUGCAUACCUGGUUAAUGAAUAUAAACUUCAAAGAUGUAAAUUGUCAAGAGACUGAGGACUCCGUGUCCAGUUGGCUUCCUGUGGGCUGUAAUGGAGGUGGCUAUAGCAGACUCUCAGCUGACCCAUCAAACUGAAGCUGGUCCUUGUGCCUGAGGCCCCACAAUGUGGAGCUGCAUGGUUUACAAUGAAACACUAGACAGUGUGGACUAUCACCUUUGUCAGGACUUUGGAUUUAUUAUCUCUGUCCUCUCUCUUAUCUACCUCAUCAUCUGCUUUCCUUUGGGGCUGUACUACAACACCUUACUGGUGGUGGUUAAUCUGUCUAAUAAGGUGACCAUGACUAUGCCAGACGUGUACUUUGUGAAUAUUGGCAUAGCUGGUCUUAUGCUAAACCUUAUUGCUCCUGUGGAACUUUUGGGGCCUAGCUUUACACAGUGGCCCCUGUGGGAGUACAACAAUGAGAUCUAUAUUACUCUCCUCAUCCUCUUCAACAUUUCCGCCCUUGUUAUCAUGUACUCUACUACACUGCUGAGCUUGGACUACUACAUAGAGAGGGCCCUACCACGGACGUACAUGUCUAGUGUUUACAACACCAAGCAUGUGUGUGGCUUCAUCUGGGGUGGUGCUGUACUCACCAGCUUCUCCUCUCUGCUCUUCUAUGUCUGCAACCAUAUUUCAACCAAAAUUAUUGAGUGUUCCAAAAUGCAAAAUAAGGAGGCAGCUGACACCAUUAUGUUGUUUAUUGGUUAUAUUGUGCCAGUCAUGGCUGUAUUUUAUGCUUUGAUACUCAUCCUCCGCAUCAGAAAGGAGUCUACUCCACUGGACCUGGACACUGCCCGGUUGGAUCCAUCAAUCCACAGUCUUUUACUGGCUUCUGUAUGUAUUCAGAUUCUGCUGUGGACACCAUACUAUAUAAUACUGUUUGUUCACACUAUGUUGAUACCAGGGAGGGAGUCCAGCAGACAGAGCAGUACCACACACUAUUUUCUAAGGUGUAUGUCAGUGUUGUUGGCCUUCUCCAGCAGUUUUGCUGUUCCUCUUGUAUAUAAGCAGAUGAACAAGAAUUUCUCCCAAAAAUUGAAGGAGUUACUGAAGCAGCUCAUUUGUAGAGAGCAGGCCUGCCCACUUGAACAAUCACUGGAACAGCAGGCCAUCACAUGAUUCCCUAACAUCACAGGUACAGAACUUGGAUAUGGAAAGCCAUCACAUCUUCAUGACAUUUUGACUUUUGUUAGAUUAUAUCCAAUCCAAAUCAAAACUACUCAAUUUUAGGAGAUAACAUCCAACUUUUAACAUUUCAGAGGCACUUCAUUUAAUGGUGCCUUAAAUUCAAAUAAUGAUGUUAGUAUCAUUAACAUUUUUUACCAUGUCUACCUGUUGAUCUUAUAGACAAUAUAGAUAUACCUCAUUCCUUAUUCCUAAACCUGACGGGCAUUAUAGUUCAGCAAUUGAAAGGGCCUAAAGUUGUCUGAUCUGGCAAGAAAGAAACGUCUACAAAGAUUGCAAAACACAACUUGGCUUGGUGCUGUUCAACUUUCUCUCCUUGACUGUGAUACACUUAGGGAUAUUUUAGGAUUUGUUGAUUGCUGAAAACGCAUGGAAUUUGACGAAUUAAUCAUUUCUGUACAUUUUGAGUCAAUCAUAAUUUACCAAUUUAGAAAUCUAUGGAUAAUCCUGUUUAGCUUUUGUCUCACAAUCACAGGCACUCUCCAUUAGGAAACAUCUUUACAUUUUGCUACUUGACAGCUCCUGUUAAAUGUAUUGAAUUCAUAGCUUUUUAUAGCUUAUAUUAAUAUGGAUAUGAGUUAGUCAGAAUUACUAUAACCUACUACCUACAAUCAAUUAGCCAAGUCUUUUUUUUCCUUGAUAGAGAGGGUUGAAAGUGCCUAACAUGAUAUCCAAUGAUAUUGAUAUUCAUUUUGCCAGUAUAUUGUAUUUUAUCUGUAUAUUGUAUGUAAAGAGUGAUAAAUAAGCAGUUUCAGAAUUAUAUUAUUAAUUUCA